AGCUGCAUGUGGGUUAGUUGUCAGAGCACCGAAGCGAAAGCGGUAAAGUAGCCAACUGCAGUUAGUUAUCCUUUUGCGCCUCCCGAAAUAUUCGAUGAAUCUGUCAAGCCUUUUUCUUCUGGCCCUUGUGGCAUCAGUCGCUAUCGGCGCAAGCUCUGCCCAUAGAAUAAACAGGCCCGAACAGAAACCCCCAAAGGAGUCGUGUCAGGUCACCACCACACCUCCACCGUGUGGUAAGGAAACCACGACAACGACAACGUGUUCCCCAACAACCACAACGUGUUCCUCAACUACCACGACCACCACAACUACGACAACAACCACAACUACGACGACGACAACAACAAUCACCACCACAACAACGACUACAACAACCACGGCGACAACAACAACAACGUGUUCCCCAACAACAACCACUACCCCACAAGAGGAACCCUGCGAACCCAACGAGCCGUCAACGCCUACCCCACCUGCACCUACGCCUUGUGAGCCCAACGAGUCGUCAACUCCCUCUCCAUCCUCUCCCUCUGAGCCCAACGAGCCUAUAACUCCCACUUCAUCCUCUCCCUCUGAGCCCAACGAGUCGUCAACUCCCACCCCAUCAUCUACCUCUGAGCCCAACGAGCCGUCAACGCCUACUGCACCCGCACCUACGCCUUGUGAGCCCAACGAGCCGUCAACUCCCUCUCCAUCCUCUCCCUCUGAGCCCAACGAGCCUAUAACUCCCACUCCAUCCUCUCCCUCUGAGCCCAGCGAGCCGUCAACUCCCACUCCAGCCCCACCUUCUCCUUGUGAGCCAAACGACUCGACAACUCCGCCACCUUCACCUUGCGAAACGACCACCACUACGACAACAACAACAACUACAACAACGACGACCACCACAACAACGACGACCACCACUACGACUACCACCACUACGACCACCACCACAACAACAACUACAACGACGACCAACACAACAACAACAACGUGUUCCCCAAUAACAACCACUACCCCACAGGAGGAACCCUGCAAGCCAAACGAGCUGUCGACACCAACAUCAUCCUCUCCCUCUGAGCCCAACGAACCGUCAACUCCCACUCCAGCCCCACCUUCUCCUUGUGAGCCAAACGAGUCGACAACUCCGCAACCUUCACCAUGUGAGACGACAACAACGACGACCACCACAACGACGACGACAACCACUACUACGACAACAACGACGACCACCACAACGACGACGACAACAACGACGACCACCACAACGACGACGACAACCACAACGACGACGACUACCACUACAACAACGACGACUACUACAACAACAACAACCACCACAACAACGACAACAACAACAUGUUCCCCAACAACAACCACUACCCCACAAGAGGAACCCUGCGUGCCUAACGAGCCGUCAACGCCUACCCCACCCGCACCUACGCCUUGUGAGCCCAACGAGCCGUCAACUCCCACUCCAUCCUCUCCCUCUGAGCCCAACGAGCCGUCAACACCUACCCCACCCGCACCUACGCCUUGUGAGCCCAACGAGCCGUCAACUCCUACUCCAUCCUCUCCCUCUGAGCCCAACGAGCCGUCAACCCCUACUCCAUCCUCUCCCUCUGAGCCCAACGAGCCGUCAACCCCUACUCCAUCCUCUCCCUCUGAGCCCAGCGAGUCGUCGACUCCAACACCUUCCUCUCCCUCUGAACCCAACGAGCCUUCAACUCCCUCUCCAGCCCCACCAUCUCCCUGUGAGCCAGUGUCCACAACUCCACCACCUUCACCUUGUGAGACGACCACCACUACAACAACGACGACCACUACAACAACAACGACAACCACAACCACGACCACGACAACAACCACCACAACAACAACGUGUUCCCCAACAACAACCACUACCCCACAAGAGGAACCCUGUGAGCCCAACGAGCCGUCAACACCUACCCCACCCGCACCUACGCCUUGUGAGCCCAACGAGCCAACUCCUACUCCAUCCUCUCCCUCUGAGCCCAACGAGCCGUCAACCCCUACUCCAUCCUCUCCCUCUGAGCCCAGCGAGUCGUCGACUCCAACACCUUCCUCUCCCUCUGAACCCAACGAGCCUUCAACUCCCACUCCAGCCCCACCAUCUCCCUGUGAGCCAGUGUCCACAACUCCACCACCUUCACCUUGUGAGACGACCACAACUACAACAACGACCACCACAACAACGACGACCACCACAACAACGACAACCACCACAACAACAACCACGACUACCACAACAACAACCACGACGACAACAGCGUGUAUACCAACAACGACAACCACUACUCCACAACAGCAACCUUGUAAGUCAGCCACCACCACCACCCCAAAACAGGCACCGUGCGAACCAACAACCACGUCAACACCCCCUCCCUGUGCUCGCAAAACCACCUCCCCACCACCGUGCGAAGAGACAACGACACCUGCCUGCAGAACUGAGCGUGAUCAGAGUGGUCUAGCUCAAUUGAUUCCCAAGCCAAUUAAAGAUCUCUUCGCUGGUUCGAGCUCCAGCACCAAAGCUACUCCUUCGAUCGGAUUCAGUGCCAUGUGUGCUGGUCGCGCGGACGGAAGUAUUGUCCAGGACCCUAAUCAUUGCAGGAGGUACUAUGAAUGCCGCGCUGGCCGUCGCCUGCUGCGCAAGUGUCGCGCCGGUUUGUGGUACGAUUCAGAGGCGGGAGAGUGCCUGCCACGCAGCCAAGUGUUGAACUGCCCGGCACAACGUAACUGAGACAUUUAAACCGACUCGACGCAACCGGAAUGGGAUCGCAGCUUGUAUAGCAACUUGUAUCCGUAGCCAACUGUAACCGCCCACUCAAUAAACAGCAUAUAAAUCGCA